UUCCCCUUCUGCCUCUCCUUCAUAUGACUACAGCGGGGUGGGUGGAGGGUACCAGUGCAACCCAUACAAGCAGUGCCCCUCCCUCAUAUGGCACACGAGUGUGCGCCUCCAACGGCCUUGACUACCCGAGCAAAUGUGAGCUGGAUAAGGUUACUUGUGUCGACCCAAGAAUCUACGAAGUGUCCUGCUACGGUCCACCCAUCCACCCAGGCGGUCCACACAUCCACCCAGGACCACCUGUCCACCCGGGGGGAGGUUCACACAUCCACCCAGGACCACCUGUCCACCCAGGGGGAGGUUCACAUGUCCACCCACCACCACCCAUCCACCCAGGGGGAGGUCCACACAUCCACCCACCACCACCCAUCCACCCAGGGGGAGGUCCACACAUCCACCCGAGACCACCAGUUCACCCAGGGGGAGGUUCACAACAUCCGCCCAAGACCACCCAUCCCUCCAGGCGGCUCACACAUCCACCCGGGACCACACAUCCACCCAGGCGGUUCACCACACCCACCCCGGGGGUUCACACACCCACCAGGGGGGCUCACACCCAGGGCAGUCCACAGGGGUCACACGUCACUGGAGCCCCAUACGAAAAACCCGCAGAGCCUCACCCCAGUCUGCCGGGAGGCUCAUACGAUAAACCUCAGAAACCCCACAUCACCCUGCCAGGAUCUCCAGGGGGGUCUUAUGAAACCCCCAGCAAGCCCCACAUCACCCUGCCGGGAGGUUCCAUCAGUCCCUAUGACAAGCCUGCCAAGCCCCACGUGACGCUGCCCGGGGAUCACGCCGGCACACCAGGAGACACGCACCAAGGUAAACCAUCACGCGGGGGUUCCAGUACACAGGGGAGUUCGAGUUCCCAAGGUAGCAAUUACUAUGAGUGCAUCGACCCGCGGCUGUGCUCAGAGAGUUCGAGUCCCGUGUGUGGCUCAGACGGGGUCACGUACAGCAAUGAAUGCCAGCUGAAGCAAGCCUCGUGCAGGAGUCCUGUCCCCCUCACCCUCGCCGGCCCGGACACUUGCGAACACCAGCUGAGGUCAACGCUUGGAGGUGAAGUGGAGGAGGUGGAGGAGGUGGAGGAGAGCAGACAGGUAGAGACAUCAGAAGUAUCACUGGAAGACACCUCCACUUAACCUCCACAUCUCCACAUAGCCUCCACUCGCACCCAUGACGUCACAGUGCAGCCAGCCAAUCCACAUCAAGCACUCCACAACCUCCCAGCACCAGCAGCCAAUCAGGGAGAAGAUGCUGUGACGUAAUGAUAGUCUGGACCAAUGAGAGGCCUUGCUGACGUGGAUGAUGUUCAGAGGUGGAAUUUAUGUGUUGAUUUUAUCCAUUAAUUUAUUGAACUAACUUAUUAACUUCUUUUUUUAAAUUUAUCUUGUUAUUGUUGUUUUGUUGUUGAUUGUUGUUGUUGCAGUAAAUGUAGUUGUUGUUUUG